GUUGAUCAGCUUAAGCAAGGACGAGAGCUUGUCAUAAUGUUUUAGGCUUGGCUUGCCCCGAAAAUCUGCAGCCCGAUGAUGUGAUGCAGCAGAGCGCAUCUUUGUAGGCGGCCCAGCUUGGCGCCUAAUACCGUGACAGCAAGCAGCGCCGGCCAGAGUGGAUCUAGCGCUCCUACACCUUACAUUACGUACUGACAUUCACUCAUACCUAAGGUACACCUUGAAUGACUGGGAUGAAGUUGGUUGGUAGCCCGUACAACCAACCAUCGCUACCAACCAUCAAUCCAUCUUUCACUCAACACCGUCCAUCCAUUUCACAGCUCAAUCACAUUUGAUCCAAACUGACCAAUUGACUACCAAAAUCACAUACCAACCUAUUUUUGCUUUCUUUUCUCUGUUUGGUUAUUGUUAAUUUUUUUUUUCUUGUCACAUUUGACUAAAUAUUCCAAACAGUUGUGAAAACUGUCGUGUCCUACCACACUCGGUCGUGAAGCUUCUUCAACCAUGGCUUGUUCGUGGCUUCAUCCGUUUCCACGGUUUGUCUUUACGGUUUUUGAGCCUAUAUCACUGCUUGCGGGAGCCAUCCCUGCCAUAGCCCAACCAGCUUGGUUCAUACAGGAACAGAUUACACAGCAUGUUCCUGUGCCAGUUGUCCCAUCCUCGGAAGGUGCUCUGCUGGUAACUCAGCAACUUGGGAAUGCCUUUGGACUUCUGGCUAUGUGCGGCGUUGGUGUGCUGUACACCACCAACGAGCCCAAGGUCGUGAGAAACUACCUUGUUGCUUUGUGGAUAGCAGACAUUGGUCAUAUUGCCUUGACGUAUUUUGCCCUUCGCCACGACAGGUUCAUGGCUUUCGGGUCGUGGAACGCAAUGACAUGGGGCAAUGUUUUUGUCACGGCCAUGUUGUGCCUGACUAGAACAGCCUAUUUACUAGGUCUGUUUGGGCCUGAUAGGCCGGUGCCUGCUGUGUCCAAUUCAAAGAAGACGCGUUGAAAUGGAAAGGUUACGCUAGCCAAUCUAUCUUCCGAGUCGCAUAUGACUUGUAAUGCAAGUAUGGGAAUAUGAGCUGUUGUUGCUUCCCGUGAGAAAUCAAUAGCAC